AUGUCCCUCUCACACACAGCUGCUGAGUACAUGCUCUCUGAUGCUCUGCUCCCAGAUCCCAGCAGUUCCCGAGCCAAGGGCUUGCGGCUGGAGCUGCCCAGUGAUCGCCUGCUGAAGUUUGUCACCGUGGGGCUGCCCCUCUUCCUUGUCUCACUGGCUUUCGCCCGGGAGUUCUCUGCUGGCUCCCAGAUCAGCUGCUUCUCUCCUACCAACUUCACGGGGAAGCAGUCUGCCUACACUGACACGGCCUGCUGGGACUCCCUCAUUCACCAUGGCUUUGAUGCCGAGGGACAUGCUGUCACCAAGUCCCUUUGGGCUCUCAAGGUCUUCCCCUACUCGCUGCUGGUGGUGGCAGUGCUGAUGUACCUGCCCUACCUGCUGUGGCGUUAUGCUGCUGCCCCCGCCCUGCACUGCGACCUCCUCUUCAUCAUUGACGAGCUGGAUAAGUCCUACAACCGCUCUGUGCGCCUGGUGCAGCACAUGAAGAAGGUCCAGCAGGCCAGUACCGAGCCAGAGCAAUUCUGGGAGGAAUACCAGAGGGCCCGCCGGGAGAGGUAUUUCGAGUUCCCAUUGCUGGAGCGGUACCUGACCUGCAAGCAGCAUGCCCAUGCCCUGGUGUUCAUCUACAUCCUGCGGAACCUGCUUCUGCUCCUGUUCCUGGCUGCCACCUGCCUCUACCUGGUCUUUCUCCACCUCAACAUCUUCUUUCAGGAUGAGUUCAGCUGCUCCAUCAAAACAGGGCUGCUUCAGGCAGAGCCGCACAUCCCGCUGCUCAUCCCUUGCAAGCUGGUCUUCUUCUCCGUGUUCCAGAUCAUCAGCCUCUCAAUUGGCAGUGUCUAUGUUCUCCUCAUCCCCGUUGUCAUCUACAAUGCCCUGCAGCUCUGCCAGUGGGACAAAGGGCUGCUCUCUGUCUAUGAGAUGCUGCCUGCCUUUGACCUGCUCAGUCGCAGGAUGCUCACCUGCCCCCUCAACGACCUCAACAUCAUCCUGCUCUUCCUCCGUGCCAAUAUCUCCGAGCUGACCUCCUUCAGCCGCCUCAAUGCUGUCAAUGCCCUGAGGGAAGCCACUGCCAACAAAGAGGACAUUGAUACAGUCAUCGAUUUCAUGACGCUGCUGGCUGGGCUGGAGACCACCAAGCCCAAACACCAAACUUGUACCCCCGAGGCUGAAGGCAGUACAGCCCUCUCCAACGGUGUGGCCCUAGAACCAAAGCCUGGAGUGGAAACAAUGGGAAAAGCCUCACGAGACUCGCUCGGCUCUGCCUGA